GUUGCCAUCAAAUAGUAAUCCAUAACUUGCAAUUUAUCUCACUCAUUCUAUAGCCUUAUUUAUUUCUUCAAUAUAUAAUCUUCUUAAUUAAGUUAAGAUGGCAUUUUAUUGUAAUUUCUACUUGUCUGUGCUUAUAAUAAUUAUGUUUUCAGUAAUUGGACUUUGUUCAGCUGAUUUAUCAUCUGACUACUAUGAGAAAUCAUGUCCAAAAGCUACGUAUACCAUUAAAAACGUAGUGGCAAAUGCUGUAACCAAAGAGAGACGCAUGGGGGCCUCGUUGCUUCGUCUUCAUUUUCAUGAUUGCUUCGUUAAUGGAUGUGAUGGAUCUAUAUUAUUGGAUGAUACUUCAGAUUUUACUGGAGAGAAAACAGCAAAGCCAAAUACAAAUUCAUUAAGGGGUUUUGAUGUGAUAGAUAAAAUAAAAUCUCAAGUAGAGAAAUUAUGUCCUGGAAUUGUUUCUUGUGCAGAUAUUGUAGCUGUUGCAGCAAGAGAUUCUGUUGUACUUUUAGGUGGGCCUUCAUGGACAGUCCAAUUAGGCAGAAGAGAUUCAACAACAGCAAGUUUAAGUGCAGCAAAUAGUGAUAUUCCUUCCCCUAUAUUGGAUCUUAGUGACCUUAUUACUAGCUUUUCCAAUAAAGGCUUCACUGCUAAAGAAAUGGUUGCUCUUGCAGGUGGUCACACGAUAGGCAAAGCACAAUGUACAACAUUCCGAGAACGUGUGUACAACGAAACAAACAUCGACUCAUCAUUGGCUACAUCGUUAAAAUCCAACUGUCCUAGUACUGGCGGAGACGACACCCUUUCAUCACUUGAUGCAACUACCCCGGUAUUAUUCGAUAACCAUUUUUACAAGAACUUGGUUAACAAUAAAGGGGUUCUUCACUCGGACCAACAAUUAUUUAGUGGCGGUUCUACGGACUCUCAGGUGAAAACUUAUAGUACAAACCCUAUAACUUUCGAUGCGGAUUUUGCAAAUGCUAUGGUGAAAAUGGGGAAUUUGAGCCCACUUACUGGAACUAAUGGUCAGAUUCGUACCAAUUGCAGGAAAAUCAACUAAUUAAUUAGUAUUAAUUUUGCAUUUUAAUAAAUUGUAAGAGUUGUGUGUUUUUGUGUGAGUGAACUCAAGUUUGUGUUGAGGGGGAAAGAAAGCUCAACUUUGUAACGUGUUUGUUUGUAUUUUGUUUUAAGAAGACCAAAUGUUUGCGUGAAUAAAAGACUUCUAUUUCCA